AUGACACUCACUGAAAAGAAACGUGGAAAAAUUAUAUCUGCUCGAAAAUUAGGCAAGUCAUAUAAGAAAUUGCCAAACUUGUCAGAUGUGAUCCCAAGACAACCACUAAUCUUAGACGAAUCGGCACAAGAUCGUCUAUCACAACUUGUUUUAAGUAAUCGGCAUAUAACUAAAAGACAAAUUCAAGCUGUAUUGGAACAGCAAGAAGGCAAAAUAAUUUCUCAAAGAACUAUUAGUCGUACUCUUCGCAAAAAGCUAACCUG